ACAGAUUCUAAUUUAUAAUAUGCUGCUGAAUAUAUAAAACCAAUAGAUGGCGCUAGGUAGUUUGAGCAUAUUACAAGUGAACGUCAAUAGAUGGCGCUAGUUAGCCUGAGCGUAUUACAAUUGGACGAAAAUAGAUGACGCUAGGUAGGUUAUUACAAGGGAAAGAUAUGCAUUACUCGUCCAAAACCAAUAGAUGGCGCUAUGCUUUGAAUAGGGAACGCGCACAGUUCAGGAGGCGUUUUCCGGUUAAAGUUACUUUCUAUGCCGCGGGUUCAGGGUAAUGGUGUUUUCCAGUCUUUUCCUUGCCCUCACUAGACAUGGCUGACAGGGUGUUAGUCACAUCUCUAUGGUAGCAUCACUUCCUCCCAGGGUGCCCCGCGUUCCCGGAAGCGGCCUCAGCUGUGUAAGCAGAGAGAUAACCAGCUGGUCAGGAUGGAGGAAGAGGAGCUGGAGGUGGUGGAGGAGCUAGAGGCUGUAUUACACUUGGCGCCUGAGGUGCAGCAGGCCAUAGAGCAGGUGUUCCCAAGCCAGGACCCAUUGGAUCGAGCAGAUUUCAAUGCCGUAGAAUAUAUAAACACUCUUUUUCCAACUGAACAGUCCUUAUCAAACAUUGAUGAUGUUGUGAACAAAAUUCGUUUGAAGAUAAGACGUCUGGAUGACAGUAUAAGAACUGUAGUUCGAGGUCAAACAAACGUUGGUCAGGAUGGAAGACAGGCUUUGGAAGAGGCUCAGAAAGCUAUACAGCAACUGUUUGGCAAGAUCAAAGACAUCAAGGACAAAGCUGAGAAAUCCGAACAAAUGGUGAAAGAAAUCACACGGGAUAUUAAGCAGUUGGAUCAUGCCAAGCGCCAUUUGACCACAUCAAUUACAACAUUGAACCAUCUACACAUGCUUGCUGGAGGAGUUGAAUCACUGGAAGCUAUGACUAGAAAACGGCAGUAUGGUGAGGUUGCCAACCUUCUUCAAGGGGUGGUAAAUGUGCUGGAGCAUUUUCAAAAGUACAUGGGUAUACCACAGAUUCGACAACUCUCGGAGAGGGUUAAAGCUGCACAGACUGAACUUGGACAGCAGAUACUAGCUGAUUUUGAGGAAGCUUUUCCAUCACAAGGCACUAAGAGACAAGGUGGACCCAGUAAUGUCCUACGUGAUGCCUGCUUGGUAGCCAAUGUCUUGGAUGUACGGAUUAAACAAGAGAUCAUCAAGAAAUUUAUCAGGCAGCACCUAUCUGAAUACUCAGUCCUCUUCCAAGAAAAUCAAGAUGUUGCUUGGCUUGAUAAAAUUGAUAGACGCUAUGCUUGGAUUAAACGUCAGCUGGUGGAUUAUGAGGAAAAGUAUGGUCGCAUGUUUCCAGGAGACUGGUGCAUGACUGAACGCAUUGCUGUAGAAUUUUGCCAUAUAACCAGAAAUGAUCUUUCAAAAAUCAUGAGGACAAGAGCUAAAGAGAUUGAAGUGAAGCUUCUGCUCUUUGCUAUCCAGAGAACCACUAACUUUGAAGGACUUCUAGCCAAGCGUUUCUCUGGCUGCACCUUGACGGAUACUGUUGUGAAAAAGCCUGAAGUUCCGCCUCCAGUUUCUACUAAUCCCUUUCUAGAUGAUGACACUUUAGCAGAAGAGUCUGCUCUGGAGAAAGAUGGUGACCUGGAUAAACCAAAGAAACCCAGGACACCAGAAAAUCCAUUCCACGGCAUCAUUUCAAAGUGUUUUGAGCCCCAUCUCUAUGUCUACAUAGAGUCCCAAGACAAGAACCUGAGUGAAUUAAUUGACCGUUUUGUCGGAGAUUUCAAGGCCCAGGGCCCCCCAAAGUCGACUUCCGAGGAUGCAGGGGCUGUUCUUCCAAGCUGUGCUGACCUCUUUGUCUACUACAAAAAGUGCAUGGUACAGUGCUCGCAGCUAAGCACUGGGGAACCAAUGAUUGCACUUAGCACCAUAUUCCAGAAGUACUUGCGAGAAUACGCUUGGAAGAUACUGUCUGGUAACCUGCCCAAAACUAGCAGCAGUAGUACUGGACUUACCAUCACAAGUCUUCUCAAGGAAAAGGAAGGCUCUGAAGUGGCAAAGUUUACCAUAGAAGAAUUAUGUUUAAUCUGCAGCAUCCUGAGUACAGCUGAGUACUGUCUGGCUACUACACAGCAGCUUGAAGAGAAACUGAAAGAAAAAGUGGAUGUGACAUUAACAGAAAGGAUAAAUCUAACAGGAGAGAUGGAUACUUUCAGCACAGUGAUUUCGAACAGUAUUCAGCUCCUCGUACAAGACCUAGAUUCUGCUUGUGAUCCAGCACUAAGUGCUAUGAGCAAGAUGCCGUGGCAGAAUGUGGAACAUGUUGGUGAUCAAAGUCCCUAUGUUACUUCAAUUAUCCUACAUGUGAAGCAAAACGUCCCUAUUAUUCGAGAUAACUUGGCAUCUACCCGAAAGUACUUUACCCAGUUCUGUAUCAAGUUUGCUAACUCCUUCAUUCCAAAAUUUAUCAACCACCUUUUUAAAUGCAAGCCUAUUAGUAUGGUUGGAGCUGAGCAGCUUCUGCUUGACACUCACUCUCUGAAAACCGUCCUUCUCGACCUACCGUCCAUAGGUUCUCAAGUAGUACGGAAAGCUCCAGCAAGUUACACAAAAAUUGUGGUAAAAGGCAUGACUCGGGCUGAGAUGAUCCUAAAGGUGGUGAUGGCUCCUCAUGAGAACUCUGUUGUUUUUGUGGAUAACUACAUUAAACUACUUGCUGACUGCAACACUGAGACUUUUCAGAAGAUAUUGGAGAUGAAGGGACUGAAGAGAAGUGAACAGAGCAGCAUGCUUGACCUGUUUAGACAAAGGCUUCCAAAUCCUCCUUCGGGUGCUGAAAACAACUCUGGAACUCUGCAAACUCCGACCCCUGAGCAGGAGUCCUCACGGAUAAGAAAAUUGGAAAAACUCAUCAAGAAACGACUGUAAAGCUGCAGAAGAGACCUGUGACUUAUCAGUGGCAUGCAAGCAGUGUUAACAAGCAUCUCCAGUCUAGAACUUUUACAGCCACCCUAUUAUACUGUCACAUCCCCUUUAAUAAUAGUGCUAAGUGUCAGCUGCACAGGGUGUAAGCCAGCGAGUACACAUUGGUGCUGACUGAAUGCUAGGAGUUUUUCUGUCUAGACAGAACACAUCUAGAUGAGCCAGUCCUUCAAGCAUGUUAAAACGCUGUUAGGGAGUAUGUGGUCAGGCAGAGUUAUUCCCCUUGAUUUUUCUGUUUGGUUUUGCCUGAAGCUUGUAUGCUGGAGCAUAGCUUUGAGUUCAGUCUAUUUAAGGAGACACUUAUGUUCCUGCUGUGUAAACCACCAAAACACAUAACAGACAUAACAGGCACUUAUAAAGAGUGUAAGAGUGACUGUCGAAGUGAUACUGCUCAAUUUCCUAAACUCAGAUAUUACUAAAUAGGUUUCCACAAACACCAAUAAUUCCAUCCAAUAAAUAUAACAUACAGUGUAACAUUAUAAAGAUUCAAAUUAAGAUGGAUUUCUUUGGGAGAAGUUUAGUUUUCCUUUUCCAAGUAUCAAUAAAAUACCUCUGGGCUUACUGAGGAGCAGACUCCAAACAAAUGGUAGAUAUGUUAUUCAGAUAAGUGUGUUAUGUCUCCCAUUCAUAACUCUAAACCAUGGCAGGAUCAGAUAAAAUAUGUUGUUUUUUCUUUACAGUAUACUUUGUAGACUGGUCUACUAAAAAACAAAAAACCUUAAAUGUAUAGCAGUGCGCUUAGCCUUGUCCUAGAAGAAACCUUAUUCGGCCAUUUGACUGCAAAGGCAACAACCUCAGAAGCUACAAUCAUAAUAUUUGGUUAACAUUCCCUUUUUUCCUAUUUUUACUGAGAAUUACUAUUAUACUGUAUAUUUUGUGCUGCUAAACAGCUAAGUAUUCUGUCCAUUACAACUUUCAAGAAGACAGUUUAAAGAAUCAGACCUCGUUAGGGCAAAGUAGGUGAAUAAGUUAUUGGGAAAAACGCUACAAAUCUGUGACAUCGUGUGGGUACAGCAACUGAUUUUGCAGACCUAAUGUAAAUGUGUUUUAUAAAACUUACUAUAAUGGCAUUUUUGUGUGGUCCAUGGUGAAAGAACUGUGGUUGAUGGUAUCCUUAAAGCUUCACAAACCAGACCCCUGUUUUUCCUUUCCAAGUUCCCCCACUCUGGCAACUAGUCUGUUAUUCAUUCUACCAACGUCAGACUAUUCUAAAUGCAUUUGGUCUGUUGUCCGAGUUAGAGAUGAAACCACAAUAAGUUUCCAUUUGAUAACCUGAUAUACAAGUCCAUUUAGAAUGUCCGUAAAUGUAGCAGUUUGUGUUGCACUUCUGUGAAAUACACAGUAAAAUUGUAAGCGGCUUUACAGCAAAUUCCACACUUCUGCCGUUUUGGGUUUGCAGUUUAUUUAGUUGAAGGACAUUGAUACUACAGUAUAUGCAUCGCUUAUAUACAGCUGAAACAUCAUUGUAAAACUGCACUUGUCUUUGCCCUGGGAUGGGUAGCACAAAAUACUGUGUACGGACACCCUAAAGUUUAUUUAAAUAUUACUGUUUAUCCAAUCUUCUAUUUAUUUAGCAAAAGGAGCUCAAAAAGUAGAGCGAGACUGAAAAGCUUUUUCUCCUCCUUUCUCAUAAGCACGGCAUCAGAAAAUAAUAAAGAAAAAAUGAAAACACCAUUUGGACAUAACAUUACCUAUACAAUCUCCUAUAUAGUAUAUUUGACUUAGGUUGUACAAUACACAGUAUCUCAGUAUAGGGUUUUGUUACUACAUGGCCUGUUUUCGGCAUACUUUUUAAAUGUAAUUAUAUUAACAUAGAAACUAUUGACUAAUCCUGGGCAUGUAAGAAUAUAAUGUCAAAUAAUAUAUUUAAAGGAAUGGUUACAUAGAAGAAGGGGGUACAAUAUUUUGCUUGGUUUCACAUUUGUAAGACUGUUAAGAAAAAAUUCACUGACCUCUCCUUAAGUUAACCGUUAUUAAUAAUAAUAAUAAUAAUAGCUUGAUUAUGGACAGGCCAUGUCCAUCUGCUGUUGACUUACUGAAAAUACAUUACAUUACUUAUUUUAAGUCUCUAUAUAAGAGCUGUAUUUAUACUUCUGGAUGUCAAUGGGAAAAAAAAUGACCUGUUUGAUGUCAAAUACCUUCUAUAAUGCAGUGGGAAAUAUGUUUUUCUACAUAAAUACCUAUAUAGUGUCUGGUGUAAGACGGAUUAACGUAGUAAGCCAACAAAGAAAUUUAGCUCUGCAGUACGCAUGAUUGUGAAUGCAGCUCUGCAGUAAACAGGCUGUAACUCAGGAUCACAAAAGAAAAGCUGUGUGUCAAAGGGGUUUUCUGGUUUAUAAAAACAUAUUCCCUAUCCAUGUGAUAGGGGAUAGGUGUCUGAUCACGGUAGGUCCGAAUGCUGGGACACCAUGUCUCUUACCACUGAUCGCUUCAGCACCCACAUUCCAAGACAGAUUGUUCUCUGCAGAGUCUUCCAGCUCAACCAAACACCCACUGAGGCAAGACCUCACUGCAGCCGGUGAUUGGUUGAGCAGGUAGUUACUACCAAGACUAGUAUAUUUUGGAAAGUAGCGGCUGAAGCUCUCGGUGAGGUUAGUCUGGUUUAGUUCUGGAGAUUGCGGGGGGUCCAGAGGGCUGACACCCCGCUAUCAGACACUUAUUCCACAUCCUGUGUAUAGGGGAUACGUUUUAUUUAGCAGAUAACCCCUUUGAGUUACUCAGUGUUUUAUGUAGAUUGUAAAUUGGCUGGGAAAGGUAGGCAAACUCUUUAAACUUAUUUCAUUUUAAGAGUGCAUAAAGUAAUUUCCACAGUUUGCUGUAAUCUAUGGUUUAAGGGUUUUCGUGUGGCAAAUAUGUAAAUUUGUGCCUUUGGUGUAUAUUUCAUUCUGAUGGGAGCUGACAUUGUUAAAAUUAGAUUCAAAUUUUAGGUGUUUGAAAAUGAAUAAAACAAUUCUGCAUUUGAGAUAUGGA